AAGACGACUGCGUCCGAUGGGUUGCAGCGAUGAUUGGGUGAAGGAUUGUGCAUUGGAAAUCACCAAGCUGGAGCUGCGUGUUUGUUAGCAGCCAGCGGCGACUGAAAGACAGACGAUGCUGCAGAAUGGUGCUUCUAGUUUCCUGCAGUGUUUGGGUGCCGGUUUAGCCGCUACUUAGCUUUGUGUGUGUGUGUGCAGACGCUGGGCGCCCCAGAGCUGCCAGCCGCGUCAGGUGGAUGCGCCUGCAGUGAUCCAGGUCGCCCCUAUGGAUCGCGUCCAUGGAUGUCUUCAAACCCGCUUUGGACAACAGUUUGAGUCCCAAGGCGUCCGUUUCCUCGUCGGAAGAAGCAGAGGCAGAUGUUUUUCGCUGGCCGAGACCGGAUGAUGGCAUCAGCGCCGCGCCGGAUGCGGCACCCGCAGCGCCGGGCUUCUGGACGGCCGUGUUCGACUACGAGGCGACCGCGGACGACGAGCUCAGCCUGCGGACGGGGGACCUGGUGGAGGUCCUGUCCAAAGACUCCCUGGUGUCCGGAGACGAGGGCUGGUGGACCGGUAUGAUAGCAGACCGGGUUGGCAUUUUCCCAUCCAAUUAUGUGAGCAACGGGAACGGCAUACCGGAGGAAAUACGGGACACCUCGGAGCAGCAGUACUCACUGCCUCCUCUGCACCUCCUGGAGAUUGAUUUCUCGGAGCUGACCCUGGAGGAAAUCAUUGGCGUGGGCGGUUUUGGGAAAGUCUACCGCGCAGUGUGGCAGGGCUCAGAGGUGGCGGUGAAGGCGGCACGGCGGGACCCCGACGAGGACCCGGAGCAGACUCUGGAGAGCGUGCGUCAGGAGGCCAAACUCUUCGCCAUGCUCAACCAUCCCAACAUCAUGGGUCUGCUGGGGGUGUGUCUGCUGGAGCCCAACCUGUGUCUGGUCAUGGAGUACGCCCGGGGUGGCCCCCUCAACCGGGCCCUCACUGGGAAACGCAUCCCUCCGUGCACACUGGUGGACUGGGCAGUGCAGAUCGCCCGGGGCAUACUGUACCUCCACAGCCAGGCCAUCGUCCCCAUUAUUCACCGGGACCUCAAGUCCAGCAACAUCCUGAUCCUUGAGAGGGUUGAGAUGGAAGACCUCAGCAACAAGACUCUGAAGAUCACAGACUUUGGGCUGGCUCGGGAGUGGCACCGCACCACCAAGAUGAGCGCCGCCGGCACCUACGCCUGGAUGGCUCCCGAAGUCAUCCGCUCAUCUACGUUCUCCAAGGGUAGCGACGUUUGGAGUUUUGGCGUGCUGUUGUGGGAGCUGCUGACGGGAGAAGUUCCCUUCCGUGGUAUCGAUAGUCUUGCAGUGGCUUAUGGCGUGGCAAUGAACAAGCUGGCUUUGCCCAUUCCCUUGACCUGUCCUGAGCCCUUUGCACGUCUUCUGGGUGAAUGCUGGAGCUCAGACCCUCACUCCCGGCCGCAGUUCCCUUUAAUUCUGGACCAGCUGACGGCCAUCGAAGAGUCCGGCUUUUUUGAGAUGCCAGCAGAGUCCUUCCACUCUCUGCAGGAUGACUGGAAACUGGAGAUCCAGGAGAUGUUUGAUCAGCUUAGGACCAAGGAGAAGGAGCUGCGAUCGUGGGAGGAGGAGCUGACCCAAGCCGCGCUGCAGCAGAAAUGCCAGGAGGAGGCGUUGAGGAGGCGCGAGCAGGAACUGGCCGAGCGGGAGAUCCACAUCCUGGAGCGAGAGCUCAACAUCAUCAUUCACCAGCUCUACCAGGAGAAGCCCCAUGUGGAGAGCCGGCAGGGCAAGUUCCGCCGCAACCGCCUUAAACUCAAGGAUGGGAACAGGAUCAGCUUACCUUCAGAUUUUCAGCACAAAAUCACAGUGCAGGCGUCUCCCUCACACGAUCGGCGUAGGAGUUUGCUCAGCAGCGGUUCCAGUCCACCGAGCAGCCCGCCGAUGCUGUCCCGCCUGAGAGCCAUCCAACUCACUCCAAGGGAGGGAUACACAGCCCGGGGUCGCAACACAGGUUUCCAUCAGGAUGAAGACGAGGGUGAGAGGAAGGGCUCCAGGGAAAAAGGCAGAACCCGCGGGUGUGGCCCGUACAGGGAGCACAGCGCUGAUGCCACUGUGAAGCCUCCCCAUGAAGGCAGCAGGCAGCGGUCCUGCAGCGCCCCAAACCUUCGCAGAUCCCCGAGACACAGUCCAGCAGUGCCUGGAGUGCCAAGCCUUGUGGAGAUGGAAAAUGAAGACUGCUGCUUCACUACUGAGCCAGGAGCAGCACCUGAUCAGUCCUACCUCUGCAUCCCCUUCCACAAGGAGGGCCACACGGCGGCUGCUGACGGUGAUGGAGAUGAGUACUGCCCCAGCGGCCAGGUUCCAGGAACACCACCAUGCAGGAAGAGUCCCGGUGGGGGCCGGCGGUCUGAGCUUGUCCUGCUGGGCUGUGGAGCUCUGCUGGCAGCCGUCGGACUGGGCUGCAACCUGCUGACUCUGGCUCAACCGGAGGAGAGCAUCAAAUCAAGAUGGGAAGGUUUCUUCCACAGAACAGGGGGCCAGAGGCGGAGCACCAGCCCCCCGACUUGCAGACUGUUCCGGCGGGAAAGCCCGCUGAAACCUUCGGCGCCCUCGCUGCCCGAGCGAGGCUUGCCCUCCUCUUAUACCCUGCUGUCCUUAUCAUCGGUGUCCGACUGCAACUCCACCCGCUCACUGCUGCGCUCUGACAGCGAGGAGCUGUUGGUCUGCCGCCCUGCCUCACCGCUCAGACAGCAUCCGGCCGUCCAAACUCCGAUCAACCCGCUGGUCAACACCCACCUCGAGAGCUUCAAGCGUAACCCCCGCCAGUCUCUCACGCCCACACAUGUACCAUCUGUCCCCAGUUCCGCACGUAGCCUGCGUCGAACACCAUCAGACGGCGCCAUCAAGAAGAGCUGCCCUUCUUAUAAUCUGGAACCAUUGCCAGAAAAAACAGCAUUAGAGAACGCAGGCUUCAGAGGUUUAAAAGAAGACUGUCCAGAGGUCCCCCGGCUCCCCGAUCCGAAUCUUGUGUUCCCUCCGACUCCCCGUCGUCGCUGUGCUCCUGAACGCCCCAAAACCCUUGACUUUGUGGCCCGGCCUCGGCCGUCACCACGGGCGCACUGCGAUAGGUUUUGGGCGGACGCGAGGCCCAGGGGAAACGGACAAAACCUGGGUAACGGCGAGUCCCCCGCCCACACCUCCAGCACAGAGACUCCUCCGACUGUGGAGUUUGGUAGGGACCCGGCGGUCCUGCCCACCCCCAUGGAGGCCCCGACGCCCUACUCCCCUCGAAAGAAGGAAAACCUGUUGGAUCGGCUGGAUGAGGUACAGUGCCGGGAUGGAACCGUACCACUCUGCAGACCGGAGAUCAGCUUUCCCAAAGACUCCCCUUACCGCUACAGACCUGGAUUCUGGUCCUAACUCUGCCCCGAACAGCCCUUCACCGGUCCAACACAAGGAGGGGACUGUCCCUGCUGUUAGCCUUUGGUUUCCCACAGUUCUGGGUCAAUUAUCAGUGACGGAAUGAAUCUGUUCUAGCUUUAAUCAGGACUCAAUGGGGGUGGCUCACCUGUCCACAUCUACAAUAUUGCUGUUAAAUUACAGAAAGUCAUUUACUGUGAAUAUUUUACCUCACACUUAUUGCAAUUUGUGAUAAUAAUUCUCAUAUUUGGCCUCUAAGAGAAGUAUUUUAAGAUACCCAGGUUUUGCAUUGGAGUGACAGAACUUUCUUGAUUGCUCUCACUUACACAGAAACCGUUCAAAAUUAUUUGUUUAGGAAUAGGCUAACUACUGGCUUUAUGGCAGAACGGCAUCGACAGUUUCACAAAGCUUUGCAUACUUUUUUUUUUGUUUUGUUUUUAAUUUCAAGCUUGAGUUCCAGAUUGUGCAUUCAAUGAAGUGCACUUUUGGAAAGCGUCAUGAAUGUAAAGCUUCAGGUUUCUUCCAUCGUCAAAAAACUCUGUCUCUGAUUCUCCGUAACUUGUCGGUAAACGCAUCUUGUUAUUUGAACUCCUAUGUAUAGUUCACUCUCCUGUGCCGGUGGCUGAUGGAUUUCGAGUACCUGUCAUCACCAAUCACUUGUACACAGCAAUAUCCCAGGAGAUGGAGACGGGGGAUGUUGUUGUAUAAUAUCAGCACCUCCUUUAACCCGCCGUGUCAGUACAAUGUCUGACACCGUCUCGAGCCCUGCACGGUGAACUUUACUAUAAAGAAGAAUGUCGCUGCUGCAUCGGGUUUAAACUGGGACCGAAAUGCUGUCAGGAAGUUGCAACCAAAUAUAUGAGAGAGUUAAAUUCCCCGUUGAGUCCGUUCUUUGUUUGUGACCCUGUCGGAGCAGCUUGUUUGGGUCCCGAGCCACCAGUUGAGAAACAUUUCUCCCAAACUAAAAAGGGAACGUUGUGUUUGUAACUCUAUAAAUUGUCUGCCUCAUAAGUUGUUGAUGAAGAUGGGAUGUAAGUUAACGUAUGAAAGUACUGUUGAAUGGCACACAGGUGAAGCAGGCCCUGGUGGCGUGUGGAAGUUCAUUCCUGAUUAUUUAUAUUUAUUUAAUUGUAUUUAUUGAUUAAUUAUUUUGUAUUUAUUAUUUAAUUUAUCU